UUCUCGUUCCUGAUAGGCUUCCAUUUUCUUGUUCUUGACCCCACUCUCUCUCUUUCCCUGCUCCUUCUUCCGCAUCAUCUUCUCCUUUUCCCACUAUCUGUAUCGGAUAUUGGGGGUGUUGUGGCUCUCUCUUUAUAUACAUGCUCUUGGGUUUUUCGAUUCUAGCUGCGGACAUCUCUAAUACGCCAUUCUGGCUUUUACCAUAACGGAAAGAAGCCGAAAGAUGGGCCGGUGCACACCUAGCAAUCCUUUGCUCGUCCCGCUCUUGUUCUUCUUCUCCUCCUCCUUCUACCCUUUGGCCUUCUCUAAGCUGUCUUCAACUCAAGCAGCAGUUAUGAUCGAUCUCUCCCAGAGAAUCCCGACUUCUGACUUGCCGGGGAACAGCACCGCAGAGCCCGACCCGUGUAAUUGGAAAUGGGUCACGUGCAGCCCGGAUAACUCCUCCGUGAUCACGCUCUCUCUCUCUGGGCUCGCUCUCAAUUCCUCCAGUUUUUUGCCUGCGAUUUGCCAGAUUGGUUCUUUGCAGGUUCUUGAUCUGUCCCACAACCAGUUGGACUCAAUUCCUGAUGAGUUCAUCACUUCUUGUGGGCAAAUUGGUGGGCUCCAGCGGUUGAACUUCAGCAGGAAUGCGUUGGUAGGUCCUUUGCCUUCUUUUACUGGUUUUCCUGGGUUGGAGUUCUUGGACUUGUCUUAUAAUCAUAUGAGGGGAAGCAUUGGCUCAGAAUUAGAUGGGUUAGUCAAGUUGAGGAGUUUGAAUCUUAGUUUUAAUAUGUUCAAUGGGUUAGUUCCAGUUAACCUGUCCAUGGUUUUGGAGGAGCUUGAGCUUUCGGUGAAUGAAUUCGACGGUGAAAUCCCUGAGGGACUCGCAGCUUAUCAGAAUUUGACCCUGGUCGAUCUUAGCCAGAACCGUCUUUCAGGCUUUAUCCCUGACAGACUAGGGCAGCUCCCAAAGUUGGAAGUGCUGAUUCUGUCUUCCAAUGAUCUCCGUGGGAAAAUCCCGGAUAGUCUAGCUAAUUUGAAAACACUUUCCCGUUUCUCUGCAAACCAAAAUAACUUCAGCGGCCCAAUUCCCAGUGAGUUAACGAGGUUUCUCAAAAGUUUGGAUCUUAGCUACAAUAAGCUGAGUGGGUCUAUUCCGCCUGACCUUUUGUCCCAGCCAAAUUUGCAGUAUGUGGAUUUGUCUUACAAUCGGUUGGAGGGGCCGAUACCUAACAAUCUGUCAUCUAACAUGCUCAGGUUGAGACUGGGUAGCAAUUUGCUUAAUGGUACGAUUCCUUCUGAUUCGUUGGGAAGCCUCGAGAAAUUGACUUACUUAGAACUGGAAAAUAAUAGCUUGACAGGAUCAGUCCCUGCUGAACUGGGCAAAUGCCGGAGUUUGGCCCUAUUGAAUUUGGCGCAGAAUAAACUGACUGGUCCCUUACCACCAGAGUUGGGGAAUCUCAGCAGUGUUCAAGUCAUGAAGCUUCAGUUAAACAAGAUUGACGGGAGCAUCCCAGGCCAAAUUACGCAGUUAGCGAGUUUAGCGCAGUUGAAUAUCAGCUGGAACCUCCUGAGUGGUUCCAUUCCAUCUUCCCUUCCAAACUUGCAGAACCUUACUGUCUUGAAUUUGCAGCACAACAGUCUGAGUGGCUCAAUACCCAUUGGAAUUCAGAGAUUAGACGUUUUGUUGGAACUCCAGCUGGGUAAAAAUCAACUUAGUGGGCGUAUACCAACCAUGCCACUGAGUUUGCAGAUUGUUCUAAACCUCAGUAAUAAUCUUUUUGAUGGGGAUAUCCCGGCUACUUUUUCUCAGCUAAACAACCUAGAGAUUUUGGAUCUCUCAGACAACCAGUUUUCAGGUUCCGUUCCCAAUUCAUUUACUCUGAUGGCAGCCCUCACACAGAUAAUACUUUCCAAUAACAACCUGUCGGGUGUUAUUCCGAAUUUUAGGCAAAUGGUCAAAGUGGAACAUAGUGGAAACAAAAACCUCAUUAAUGGGACAGCACCGAGCCCUCCAGCACCGAGCCCUCCGUCACCGAAAAGAAACUCUGUUGCUGUGCCAGUUCUUACUGCACUGGCAUCUGCUGUUUUUGCUGUGUUGUUCGUUUCAGUGGUUGUUGUGUCAGUAUCAAAACGCUUUUACCGCAUUAACGACGAGCAUGUGCAAUUAGGCGAGAACCUUCCUCUUCCUAAAGUCAUCGAUAGUGGCUUGUUGACUUCAAAUGGCAUCCACAGAUCAAGUAUAGACUUCACCAAAGCCAUGGAAGAAGUUUCCGAUCCAACGAAAAUCGUUUUGAAGACCAGGUUUUCAACCUACUACAAAGCAACCAUGCCAUCUGGAACAAGCUACUACAUCAAGAAGCUUAACUGGAGUGACAAGAUAUUCCAAUUGGGUAGCCACGACAAGUUUGGACAGGAGCUAGAAGUCCUGGGAAAGUUAAACAACUCGAAUGUCAUGACCCCUUUAGCCUAUGUCUUGACUCUUGAUAGUGGGUAUCUCUUUUACGAGUACGCGCAAAAGGGUACCCUCUUUGACGUUUUGCAUGACAGCUCAAACGAAUUGGAUUGGGCGAGCCGUUACAGUAUUGCAGUUGGAGUGGCUCAGGGUCUUGUGUUUCUGCAUGAUUAUUCCUCCGGUCCAAUUCUCCUGCUUGACCUCUCGAGUAGGAGCAUUCUGCUCAAGUCCUUGAAGGAACCUCAGGUGGGAGAUAUUGAGCUCUGUAAGGUAAUCGAUCCAUCAAAGAGCACAGGCAGUCUCUCUACUGUUGCAGGAUCUAUUGGCUACAUACCUCCAGAGUAUGCUUACACAAUGAGAAUAACAAUGGCCGGGAAUGUGUAUAGCUUCGGGGUUGUGCUGCUGGAACUGCUCACUGGGAAGCCAGCAUGUAGCCAGGGAAAUGAGUUAACGAAGUGGGUGUCGACCAACAGUUUGAAGCAAGAUAAGUGGGACCACAUCCUUGAUUUUAGUGUGAGUAGAACAUCCCUCACCGUGAGGAGCCAGAUGCUUGCAGUUCUAAGAGUUGCUCUGGCAUGUGUCGGCACAUCUCCUGAUUCAAGGCCGAAAAUGAAGAGUGUACUCCGCAUGCUUCUCAAUGCAAGGUAAAUACUUGUCUAGUUAAUACAUUACUGCUUGUGUAAACGAGGCGACCAAAAGAAGCGUGGUCUUUUGCUCUCAUUUUUGUUGUAAACCAAUAAGUUCUGUCCUGUGUGAUAAGGUUUGUAAUAGAGAAGAAUUAGAUGGAAUUAUGGUUUCUCCUGCAGCUAUAUACCUGGUUUGAAGUAAACCUGUCGUCGUGUAAAAAGUUUUAGGGUGUUCUCAUGGAAGACAAGGCAAAAUUUUGGUGUUGUAAUUGAUGAUAUUUACAGUGAUUUUAGCCUUCUUCAGCCUUCUCUA